AUGACCUGCUUUUCAGAUAUCACCGUCCAGUCAGUUUUCUGCGGCUGCUGUGGCUGCUCAGGGCAGAAGCGGCAAGUGAGAACACAAGUGAGCCUCAGCAAAGAUGAAGAACUUUCAGAGAAACACACUCAACGCCGUAGGGCGUGGUUCAGCAAAUUGCCCAUCAAGAAGCAAUCCAGCCGUGUGCAACCAUCAACGCGAAAGCCGCUGCCUCCCCUCCCGGCCUCCGAGGCUGCUGAAGAGAAGAUCCAGGUCAAGGCGCUCUAUGACUUUCUGCCCAGAGAACCCUGCAACUUGGCCCUCAAGAGGGCAGAAGAGUACCUGGUUUUGGAGAAGUGUGAUCCUCACUGGUGGAAGGCGAGGGACUGCCUGGGGAAUGAAGGUUUAAUCCCAAGCAACUACGUGACUGAAAACAAAAUCACCAACUUAGAAAUAUAUGAGUGGUACCAUAGAAACAUUACCAGAAACCAGACAGAACGUCUAUUGAGACAAGAGGCUAAAGAAGGUGCAUUUAUUGUCAGAGAUUCAAGACAUUUGGGAUCCUACACAAUUUCUGUAUUUAUAAGAGCUAGAAGAAGUACAGAGGCGACCAUCAAACAUUAUCAGAUAAAAAGGACCGACUCAGGACAAUGGUACGUGGCUGAGAGACAUCUCUUUCAAUCCAUCCCCGAGCUGAUCUGGUAUCACCAGCACAAUGCGGCAGGCCUCCUGACCCGUCUCCGCUACCCAGUCGGGCUGAUGGGCAGCUGCGUGCCGGCCACAGCGGGUUUCACCUAUGAAAAGUGGGAGAUCGACCCCUCUGAGCUGGCGUUUGUAGAGGAGAUUGGAAGUGGCCAGUUUGGGGUGGUCCAUUUGGGUACGUGGCGAGCCCACAUCCGGGUGGCCAUCAAGGCCAUCAGUGAAGGCGCCAUGUCUGAAGAGGAUUUCAUUGAAGAGGCUAAGGUGAUGAUGAAACUGUCGCAUUCAAGAUUGGUGCAGCUGUAUGGAGUCUGCACACAGCAGAAGCCCCUCUAUAUUGUGACGGAGUUCAUGGAGCAUGGUUGCCUGCUCAACUAUCUCCAGGAGAGGAAAGGAAUGUUCCAGAAGGAGCUGCUGCUGAGUGUGUGCCAGGACGUCUGUGAAGGGAUGGUGUAUCUGGAGAGGAGCUGCUAUAUCCACAGGGAUUUGGCGGCCAGGAAUUGUUUGGUCAGUUCCACAUGUGUAGUAAAGAUCUCGGACUUUGGAAUGACAAGGUACGUUUUGGAUGAUGAAUACAUUAGUUCUUCGGGAGCCAAGUUUCCCAUCAAGUGGUCUCCUCCGGAAGUUUUUCAUUUCAACAAAUACAGCAGUAAAUCCGACGUCUGGUCCUUUGGAGUUUUAAUGUGGGAGGUUUUUACUGAAGGAAAAAUGCCUUUUGAAAAUAAGUCAAAUUUGCACGUCGUGGAGACCAUUUCUAAAGGCUUUAGGCUGUAUCGCCCUCGGCUGGCCCCGAUGUCCAUUUACGAAGUCAUGUACAGCUGCUGGCACGAGAAACCUAAAGGCCGCCCUACAUUUGCUGAGCUCUUGCAGACUCUCACGGAGAUUGCAGAAACCUGGUGA